CGGCUUUUACAUGCCUGAGACAUAAUUCUAACAUUCAGGGUAGGCAUUUAUGCUGUUGGUUACUUAAUCUUGCGAAGUACGGAUUACUCUUAUCUCUCACAACGCGAGUAGAAAGGGGGUUGAAGAGUGCAAAAGACCCAAGCCUCGCUUGAUAUCUUUUACAAAUCUCCAUUGUGUUGUGUUGUGUAUUGUGCAUCGGCUUGUCACUUGUGUAUCGCCAUGGCUUCGACACAAGAUUCUCUCGCUAGCAUUCAACAAACUAUGCCGCCCGGCACCACAACUUUCAUGGCCCUGGCGGCCUUGGUAGUUCUCUAUCUAAUAUCUUAUCCAAUCUAUGCAAUUUACCUCCACCCCCUCAGCAGCUAUCCGGGAGGCACCCUGGAGAAGCUGACCAGACUGCCCUACUGGAUUGCUUGUCUUAAAGGAAACCAAGUCAAGUUCAUGCAGGAGCAACACAGACGAUAUGGCCCUACGGUUAGAUUCGGCCCAAAUGACCUUAGCUUCACAGAAGCUCAAGCCUGGAGAGACAUCUGCCUUAUUCCAAAGGGCAAGAAGGAAAAUGGCAAAGAGAUCAAAUUCCAUGCGCCAUCGGCAAACGGUACUCCAAACUUGAUCACAGAGCCAAGCCCCGUCCGCCAUGCCACUGUUCGACGCGUCUUCUCGCCAGCUUUCUCCGAGAAGGCUCUCAAACAGCAGGAACCCCUUUUCCAGCACUACGCGGACCUCAUGGUUGCUAGAGGCCGCAAGAAGGGUACCGUCAAUAUGGCUGAGCUGCUCAAUUGGACAACCUUCGAUAUUAUGGCUGAGUUUGCGUUUGGAGAGUCACUCGGCUUGCUCGAGAAGGAAGCAUACUCAGAAUGGGUUGCGACAGUCUUCAAUACGCUAAUUGUUUUGCCGGCACUUCAAAUGAUCCAGUUUUAUCCACUCUCUAGAAAACUGUUUGCCCUCCUCGAGCCCAAAUCUGUCGCGAAAAUGCGCCUUGAUCAUUUUAAUCACACAGUUUCCCGGGUCGACAAGCGCCUUAACGAACGAUCCCAUAAGCCUGAUCUAUGGAACCUAGUGGAAGAAUCUGGGGUUCUUACAUCUGGAGAAAUUUAUACUAAUGCGGAGCUUUUCAUGACGGCCGGCACGGAAACCACGGCAUCUCUGCUUACGGGUACCACAUAUUAUCUUCUCAAAAAUCCCGACAAAUUGAAGAUCUUGACAGAUGAGAUACGUGGGAGGUUCAAGUCCAACAAGGAAAUGACCUUCGAAGCCCUAGGUCAAUUAGAAUAUUUGAAUGCAUGUCUUCGCGAAGGACUGCGUGUCUACCCAUCUAUCCCUUCGGCUAUCCCUCGCGAGAUUGCUGAAGGAGGUAACGUUGUUAUGGGGAAAUGGCUCCCAGGAGGAACCCGUGUCUCGGUUCAUCAAACUGCUACAUACCGCUCACCUAACAACUUCAGAAACCCAGACGAGUUUGUGCCUGAGCGCUGGCUUGGCGACCCAACCUACAAAGACGACAUCCGUGAGGCCCACCAGCCGUUUGGAGUUGGAACCAGAAACUGUCUGGGUAUGAAUAUGGCUUGGCAUGAGAUGCGCCUCCUGCUCUCAAAGUUGAUCUACAAUUUUGAUAUGAAGACUGAAGUAGACGCUAGCUGGCGGGACCAGAAUGUCUUUGUCAUCUGGGAUCGUAAACCGCUACCAGUGGCCUUGGUAGACAUCGAUGCCCCAGCUUAGUUACAGAGAGUUGUUACUAGCACCAUCUCCCCUCGGCCUUGUUGAAUCUCUUGGGAAGCUUUUCUUAUCUCUAAGCAGGAUAUAACAAUGUGGCCAUAGGCUCACUAUCUACCCUAAUUCUACUAUUUGGCAGAAAAUACUUCCAAAAUAUCCGCGUUGUCAUACAAAUUUACGCCGUUAACCGAUUGACUACAAGCAUAAUAAGAACAAACAUAGCCCAUAAUACUCUCUGAUGUGGGACGGAGCUAUUCAGAUAAUUGUACUUGCUAUGAGAGUACAUGCGAAAACAGCUGAUUGGUUACAAAAAGAUUGGCCGGUUAUCGGCUGCCGCUUCCCAGAUGCAGAGAUCAGACCAUAGCUUUCCGAAGAUCGAUAUACUUUGGUAGCGCGACUCCGCAAAUGGCCAUAUAGAUGCUUGUGCUGUAUCAUCGACAAACUACUUUGUAGGUAAUUACACACUAUGUAUAACAGAGUCUGACAUAACUCCUAACUCAUCAUCGCUCAAGGAGG